AGUUGGUAGGAAGUGUUGCUGUUGUAAAUGGAAACACAGCCCGCGAGAUUUGUUAUUUGGCGCGUAUUUUGGUUAUAUUUGGAAGUAAAAGAUAUGGAGGACGUGGAAAAUCCUAGCGAGCAGCUGUUUAUGGUGGAUAAUGAUCUUUACGAUGCUGAGAUUGAUAGUGGAACUGAGGCCAAUGAAGAAGAAGAUGGUGUUGAUGUGGUCAAGAAUUAUGGGCUGAAUGGCGACAGUGAAGGAGAAGAGAGUGUUGAAGAGCCAUUUGACAGCGACAACGAGGAAAGCCUUGAAGCAAUAAAAAAGCAAGCUAAGAAGAAAGCUAAAAAGAUCAAGACAACACUGGAUGUGACCACAAGUUCUGUGAGAGAACCGAAGAAACGGAAGGCAAAGAAGGAGAAUGUUACAAACCUCCACAGCGAGACUCAACGAUUAGUGAGAGAGUCGCGUGUGAAACUACCGUAUCAUCAACCUGGUACAAGGAACAUCACACACUUUUUGAAAAAAGUUCCAAUCAACAAUGUAUCCAGGAGCGAGAUGCCAACAAAAACAGCCAGGGAUGGAGAAACCACAUUGGAGCCUGAAAAAGAAAACAUAAUACCUCAAGAUAUGGCAACUGGAGAUGAAACUCCCAAUGAAACAGUUCAUGAAAAUCCAAAGUUAACUGUUGCUAAUGAUUCCUUCUUUUUGGACAAAAGUUCUUGUGAAAAACCUACAGGUUUAGAUCAUUUGAUGAAAAGGUUCUAUAAACACAACAGAAGUAAGUUAAAACAGGAUAAACCUGUGGAAGAGGAUGUCAAAAAACAGGCUGAUGUGGUUGAAAUAACAGACAAAGUGGAGGAAUCAAAAACAACAGAGGUGGAAGCAGAGAGUUUGAAAAACAAGAAAAUAGCUCGACCAGUUUUUAAACCAGGUGAUGACCUGAGAAGUUUGAAGAAAAAAUUGCAGGCAAACAUGAAACUACAGAGAGCUGAAGUGAGAAAGAUCCAUGAGUCGGUGCGGAAGAUUGAUAAUGAAGAAAUUAGUGAUGAAGAGGAGGAAGAAGAAGAAUAUGAGAGUGAAGAUAGCGAUUUUGAAAUGGAGGAGUGGAACGCUGCUGAUGAGAAGGCUCAAGAAGAACAAAGCUUGGAAGAGCAGGAAAAUAAGGAAAAUCAUGAAAUAAACGACGACCAAUUUGAUAAGGAAGAAUCGAACAGCAUCGCUGCUUCGGACACAAACUACGGGAAUUUCAAAUCACAGCCAAAACCUGUGAGAAAACAUCAAAUUUUUACAGACGAUCAGACAAUGGAUCUGUUCCCUUCAGAUAAUUCAAAUCAAACUGCUGACCGUACUUUAGAUGAAGAACUUUCAGAGCAUGGUAGUGUUAGCUCUGAGGAGAGUAUGAAACUAAGACUUGAUUCUUUGGAAGACACGCAGGACUGUCUCAAUGACGACCAGACAUCAAAGUUUACGAAGUUAAAGACAUCAAUAAGUGAACUAAGUUCUGAUGCAUCAAACGUACCCAAUGGCCAAGUCGAACGAUACGAGAUAAACAACAGGUCAUCAGAGAAUUUGGAUAGAUCGAGCAGUAACGACGGUCUCACGCCGUUUUCCCGGAUACAGAGAUUACUUGGCGUUGAGAGUUCUUCUAGCACGAAAAAAGAUCAGAGGCCCAAACCUAUUUCUGAGCUGACUCUACCUAUUGAAGACUCCCAGGAUUUGUACGGUGAAGGUGAUGAUGGAAAGCUUGGUUUAAACACUUCGAAAGAUUUCAAUUUCGCUUUGGAUGAAGACACGCAGUUCACGCAAUUUGUCGACACGCAAGGAUUUCUGCUCAGUACAGGUAAAAAAAAGAAAAAGAAGGAUUUGGUAAACGAUAAAUCAAACAUGAGCGAGCUUCUAGGUCUCUGCUCUGGAACAUUUUCUGAUAAACCAAAAACGAACGUCACCACAGAAUCUCAAGAACAAAUGAGCGAAUUACUUGGCCUUUGUUCAGGAAAGUUUUCAGAAACAGCAAGGGAUAAGAGCAGUGAAGAAUCUCAAGAAAACAUGAACGAACUCAUUGGCCUUUGCUCGGGAAAGUUCACAGAUGAAAAGAAUGAGAAUCCCGAGUGUGAAAGUCAAAAUAUGAGUGAAUUGUUGGGACUUUGCUCUGGGAAGUUUGAUGAUGAAAAUCCACAACCAACGACAACGUCUGAAUCCCAAAAUAUGAAUGAAUUGCUAGAUCUUUGCUCGGGAAAAUUUACCGAUAAAAAGAAAGAGUUUCUUAUCUGAGAACGAGGAAGCCUUACAUUUGAGAGUUCAUCAAAUAUCAGUGCUCAAAGUGAGUCAACGAGAAAAGACCAGAAAAUAAUGAACGAGUUGCUUCGUUCGUGUUCAGGCCACUUCAGCAACAUCGCGAAUACAGAGGACUCUGGGAAUGAUCAGACGAGAGAUGGAAAGAAAGGUGUAUUCAGUGAACUGGAUAAAAAUGAUGAAAAACCAUCAAAAUCUAAGCAAGGACUGUCAGCCAUGUUUGAAAAUAUGGCAGACGACGAAGAUAACAUGAAUGAUGCUGUUGCAUUGUGCUCAGGUAAGUUUCCUAAUACUCCGCAGUCAAAAGACGGGAAAAAUGAGGAGGAAAACCUGGAAUCUGAUCUCGAGAUGGAGGAUUCCUGUAUCGCAGAAGAUUCCGAUGUUGAAGAAAAUUCCGAGAAUUCCGACAACGACGUGUUCAGUGAUGAUGAGAAACAAGUAGACUCAGACGACGAAAUGACAGGAGGCGAUGAAAUGAAAAAAAUAAGAAAAUAUGGCGUUACUUACGACAAGAAAGCGCAUCCAGUUUUCAACAAAGACAACUUUGUGGACGAAGAGGCUGAAUUGUCUGGAAGCGACGCAAGCUCGGAUGAGGAGGAAGAGUCUGGGGACGAUGAACUUGAGGAAGAUUCGGAUUGUGAAGAUCUUCCUUCUGACGAGGAACUUCAGCGACAAGUGAACAAGGUUCAUCUAAAAUCAGUGAUUGACGAGGAUAAACGGGAACUACGAGAGUUAAAAGAAAGAUAUUUGGAAGACGGAGAUCUUUACUCAGAGGGGGGAGGUCGAGCAAGAAAUUUCAAGUGGCAAGGGCUGGAGGAUUCGCAGCAUGAUAUGUUUGACAAUAAAGUCCUCUGGGGUGAUGAUGAGAUUGUGGAUAAUGAGAUACUGCCUCAAGCUGAACUUGAGAGAAGAAAAAUGAGGCAUGAGAAAGACCAGUUUUUUCAAGAACAGUUGGCUCGUACAAAGAGUAACUCACAACCAACAGAGGUGGAUGAAAAUAGCCAGACUAUUUUAGGCAUGAUAAAUGACAGAAGCAAUAUGGGAGAUGAGGAGCAAACGCAAGAGCCUGAAAAACCAGUGCUCAAAAGACAAGAUUCAACCUCUACAAAGAUGUCUCAGAAACGUGGUUCAUUCUUGAAACGAAAUAAAGUUCAAAUGUCACGGCUUUCCUCAAUCACCACAACAACAACAAAGAAAACACCAAACUCCACCAGAGGAUUUGUGUUUCAUACAAUAUCUCCCAGCAGCAAAUCCAAAGACAGUUCUGGCCAGAAACUACAAAGAUCUGAAUCCUUGUCAGAACCACCAAACCCCAAAAGACCUCGUCUUGAUAAAACAAUGAGUGAUAUUGCAACCGGGAGUUUGUUUGCAGACAUGCCUGUUUGAUAAAGAGUGUUUUUUGUAUAACAGUUUGUUAUUAUAAGAAUGUAAUUAACUGGCUGUGUUUAAGUUAUUCUUUAUUGUUAACUGAGUUCAUGCAAUCAUUGUACACCAUGGCAAAUGGACACACAGCUAGGUGUAAUUUAGGAAUAUAUUUGUAAUACCCAUUUUAUUCUUGGUUUCACAAGUACACCAUAUAAUUUAACCAUGGAUAUAUCAGAUCCAAGGUAUUAUAGUUGUGUAUACCAGAAUAUCAUAAAUCCAAGACGUUUAGGCCUGUAUUUGAAAUAUUGUAAAUUAAAUUUUAGUCUUUUUUUAAUUUUAUUACCAUACAUAACAUAUGGCUUGCUAAUGUUGCUCUUAUCUA